GUAAACCAAUCUAUGUCGGAACAAGCAAUUGUCUUUCCGAAGUAUAUUCACUGGAUUAUUUUAGGAAUUAUGAGAAUCACUUUGAAGGCCAUUUUGUUCUAUACAAACACAAGACCCUACCGUUUGAGGUACAGGUGAUAUAUCAACGGUGCUACCAGGUCCAUGGUACAUGCAAUUGUGGGGCAGCUGUUAAAGCUGGAGACUCUGUAUUUGUGGUUGAUAGAUGUGAACGUGAUAUCAGGGAUCAACCCAUUUUUGGACGUGAGGAGGAAAGAAGGUACAGCCCACCAAUGAAGACAUUUGCGUAUGUCUGGGAUGGUGAAUUCACUCCUGGAAUUAGGAUCCUUAGCAAAAGUGGAGGAAAGAAGUACAUUGUUUACCUGUCAACGGGUACAAAGAUCACAAUAGAACAGACAUACGGUCACUUCAUCAAUGUUUAUGUAACUGGUGGGGCUGGAGACUUUGACAAUACAGAGGGUCUGUGUGGAACAUUCAAUGAUAAUCCCCAAGAUGAGUUGAUGAUGCGUGACGGAACCAUAUACAGAGGGCCAGGCAGUGAUCGUGGUGGCCAACCAAAGGCCUUCAGUCAAGAAUGGAGAGUACCUGAAUCCGAGAGAAUAUUUGGAGGUGUGUCCAAGACAGGCUGGCGUCCACCAAUGGUGUGUGAGUGCCAUGAACAGGAGGAUAACAACCCAUGUGGAUAUGACUACAUCACGGAGCAUUGCGACCAGAUAGAGGAAGGUACAAAAGACAUCACUGACAGAUUACCAAUAGUGAACAUGGAAAGUUUCCAAGGUGAUGUUCCGAUGCAGGUGCCUAUGAUGAUGAGAAUGCGGGUACGGAGACAAGCAGUAGAUUAUAACUCAACGGACUGGGAGGGACCAAUCAAAAU